AUGGACUACGACUUCGAAACAAAAGCUUCAACGUACAGUCACCGAUUUCCCCGCCAACUUAACAACAGCACAAGGAAGCCUCCGAUUCCCCAUCGAACUACGUCGACUAGGAGCACUUCCCUAUCUACUACCCAAUUGUCCUCUGCUGGGAGUAAUCUAGAUCUUCUUAUUGACCAUCGCUUCUCCAAAUCCUCCCAACGUCGUCGAAGGUACAUUCGACCGACAUACUCCUUUUGGAUCCUAGUCGCCUGUUGGACGCCCCUUCUCCUCCUCCUAAUGUCAUCUCUGGCGCCUGGAGUGCUGGCCGCUAGUGAGGAUGAAACCAUUUCCCUCUCCCGAGCGUUGGAUAGCCCAUCUGACGAGUCGGCAGAACUGCGGACCCUUCCCAAACCACCACCAGCAGCAGCUGGAAAUCUUGAAUCUUCUAACGACUUGGCAGACGUUGAACUCUCCGACGACUUGGAAUUGCCCGCUAACGUCGAAGACAGUUUGCAAAACGAGGACGCCUCCAUCUUCCAUGAGCAGGAAAUGCAUGUCUCGUUGGAAGAGAUGAACUUUCAAACAGAAACUAUGGUUGUAGACGAGUACUCACAAAUUUCUAAGCGAGAAGUGCAUAUCAAAGACCUUGUAGCAUCCGACAUAGCCCGGACUUACAGCGACCGGAUGCACGUGGAAUUCCGCUCCCUGCUCUACGCAUCAAGCGAGAAUUCACUUUAUGCUGUAGCAAAGGAGGCCACGCUUGUCAAAUUGGAUGGUAAGACAUUGACCCCGAUCGACGCCUACUCUGUACCACCUUUGCCGCAGGCUUCUGUCUACUGUCAAGAAUCGCUAGGAUGCAAGCAGCGUAGGGAGAUAAAUGUACUGGCAAAGACACCGGAAAAGCCCUUUGUCUUCUACUGCUCUCUUCACUACGAGGCGUAUCCACACGGAGUCAGUCGACAGGUCCUAACCAGUUGUGUGGUUCCCAAUCCCACAAAUUUAGCAGAAAAUCUGCUCAUCUGGGACAAUGGGUACUACACAUCGAUGGAUCCGCAGCGCCCACCGGUUAUCCUCGUGCCAAAAGAUAAUACUCCUGAACAGUCGGCGGUCGAGACACCUCAUCAACCCUUCUUUUAUGUGGCUGGUGUUACAGUAAAUUUUCUUCACAUUGGAAGACUUCAGAUGCCUGACUGGGCUUCCGGUAGCAUCCACUGGGACGGUGCGCUGUUUAGUCCGAAACGCAACGUCUUCAUCAAUGAGCCUGCCACAAUUGUAAUGAGCUUCGAGACAAACACGGCGGCAUACUUCUUGUUGCGCGAGAAAUCGUCCAGUUCUUCGAGACAUCCUCCUCCUCGAGAGACGAUUUCACGACUAGUUCGUGUGUGUCGAGGUGACAGAGGUGGUCUGCGAGGCAUCGCAGAACACUACUUCGGUACUAUGGCAAAAGCAGAUCUUCUAUGUCAAUCAGAGCUCGCCAUCUUCUCUAGGAACGGGGAGAGGAGUCGCUUUACUUUUGAUUCUGCUCAAUCAGCUUACUGGGAUGCCAAUGCAAAACGACUCUACGCUGUGUUCUCGGCUGGCGAAGCUGGCCCUCAUGGAAGUGCUGCCUGUGUUUACGACCUCAAGAGCAUUGAGAAGACCUUCAGAGGGCCCAUCACGAAUUCCAACUACCGUCAAAGGCAGGCGUCCAGCUCAGCCGAGGCCAGUGUUCGGCCCAAUCCCUUCCCAACCAUUUGUGAAAGAUUCGCAGCUGGCAACUUGACUGCAGAUGAGUUAUCGCUGGGUCAAAUUGGUGCGAACUUCUUGUACCGCUAUGAGCCUGUGAGUCCCCUCUUCGGCCAUGCAAUUGCGAUGUCUCCCACCGUGACAUGGAGCGCCGUAAUUGGUUAUAAGCUUCCACCAAUCGCCAACGCCCAUUACACAACCUCAAUCCUCUGGCUUACUUCAGCCAGUCAUCUCACUCAACUGGCUUUCUAUGAGAGUCAUAACAAGGAGGAUGAUUCUCCCAACCCUGUUCUGUUGAGCACUUGUGAGCUGAGGCGCCUACGAGUGAGUCAGACUAAUGACUUCCUGGAACGGCUUCGAGACGCACCCAAACUGGUCACGGAAACACAGAAGCCUUCCCUCCAACAAAGGAAAUCUUCCAGGUGGGGUCUACCCUUUAAUGAGGACGAUUCAUGGCAAAGUAGUCCUGAUAAUCCUCCAGAAUCGUCCAAAAUUGAGCACAUUAUGAGCAUUAUAAGGGAGGAUGAUUCAAUCUUUCUGGGGACAACACACACAAUCUUUCGUUUCCCCACGGAUACUUGUUUCUCGCAUUCAACAGAGGAAGCAUGUAUGACUUCAGGGGAUCCACACUGCGGUUGGAACAACCAGAUCUUCCGUUGUGUCAGUCUUCUGAGUCUACGUGGGCCCAGAACAUCGGGACUUAAUUUCAAUAUGAAUGCCAAGAUGCGUCCCCGAUGUCCGUCGUCUGAUCUUCUGCGUGUCAAGAACAAGGACUCCAGCUGGUCCCCCUGGCGACCGUGUUUGAUGACUAGUGAUCUCCAUCCAAAGACGGAGAAGACUUCCUCAGUAGUGCAGCGCUCCUGUCUUUGUCGAAUCUGUCUAAGUGAAAAACUGUGCAACUUUGGAGAACAGCAGGUCUCCCAAUGCAAGGUUCCAGGUGUGUGGUCACCUUGGUCAAGUUGGUCACGUUGUCUGGAUAAGCUGCGAUUCCGAACGCGUACCUGCUUUAACCCUCUUCUGGGUACUGAGGUGCCCACCUCCGACUGUCUUGGAGCUGAAAGGGAGGAGCAAUUUUGCCUUAUGCGUCCUCUCAUUCCUGAAGAGGUAGCCUUCGAAGGAACGCGUGCCGAACAUGUAGCCCUGAAGAAGUCCACCAAUCACGGAAUCACAAUUGAUAGAAAUCAUCUUGUGGGAAUGUUAGUCGGUCUAUCUGUGGGAGUUCUCUUCACCCUUCUCUUCAUCUUUCUCUUCGUCCGACUCUGUCGCUCCCGACGGCGUUUGACGUCGAGGUCGAGCCAUUCACAUCGGUUGCAACUCCAAGGAGGGCGACGAAGUAUCAGCAAUAUUCAAUUAGUGAGCCAAUUAAGAGACUCAUUACUCAGCGACCAUCCCACGUAUGCGAAUCCGAGUCCUAUUGAGCGAUCAAUUCACUCCACUUUCUCACCCCGGUACAAUUUCAUCCUCCACCAUUCACCACCUAUGAGCUUUGAAAGGGCUUCCGAAUCCAACUUCUCCUCUACUGAAGAGACCUCCACAACUACUGGGAUCUACGAUCGGCUAUCGGAAACCAACAAAUGA